AUGGAACAAAUUAAGAAAAUCCACAACAAAAUACUUACCGCUCAGAGUCAUCAGAAGAGCUACGCUGAUCAGAGACGGAAAUUAUUAGAAUUUAAUAAAGGAGAUCAUGUAUUCUUAAGAGUUACUCUAACUACAGGAGUGGGUAGAGCGAUCAAGGCAAAGAAAUUGAAUCCUCAUUAUAUCGGUCCGUUUCAAAUCCUAAAUAGAAUUGGACCGGUGGCAUAUCGAAUAGCUUUACCAUUGCAUCUUUCGAACGUACAUGACGUGUUUCAUAUUUUGCAACUUCGAAAGUACACUUCUAAAGCCAGCCACAUUUUAGAACCUGAAUCAGUUCAAUUGAAAGCGAAUCUGAUGCUUCAAGUGACUUCAGUACGAAUUGACGAUACCAGUAUUAAGAGAUUGCGCAGAAAGAAAGUUUCGUUGAUAAAAGUUGCUUGUAGUCGAGCUGAAAUUGAGGAACACACUUGGGAACUUGAGUCAUAA